GCAUGUACCCUAAUGUAAAUGCGUGUGUGUUGAGCGUGCCAGGUCUAGAAACAUGGCGGCCUGCGCGUUACGCCGAGGCUUGCUGAGCACUGUCAGUAAAUACAACAAGAAACACGUACACAGGAUACUGAGUGUGGUGGACAGCAGCAGCGGGUCCGAGGCGUUCAGACCGCGGGUUAAAUGCUUAGCCUGCGGGCUGUCCGGCGGCUUUCAGCAGAAGAGGUUCAUGUCGUCACGGCCUGAAGGGAAGAUUCUGGAGACGGUGGGAAUGUUUGAGGCUGUGAAGCAGCACGGCAAAUAUGAAACGGGACAGCUGUUUCUCCACAGUGUGUUUGGCUACAGAGGCAUCGUCCUGUUCCCCUGGCACGCCCGCCUCUACGACAGAGACAUCACCCCUCCCAUGUCUGAAAGUAAACCUGACGCUCCGGGUGCACACGGCUCCAAGGAGGUGAAGGGGAAGACUCACACAUACUACCAGGUCCUGAUUGACACCAGGGACUGCCCUCAUAUAUCUCAGAGGUCCCAGACGGAGGCAGUGACGUUUCUGGCAAACCAUGACGACAGCAGAGCCCUGUACGCUAUCCCAGGUCUGGACUAUGUGAGCCAUGAAGACAUCCUGCCCUAUAACUCUACGGAGCAGAUCCCCAUCCAGCACGAGCUGUUUGAGCGCUUCCUCAUGUUCAACCCUGCCAAAGCUCCACCAUUUACACCCAGAGACACCCUGAAGGCGUGGCAGGAGAAGAACCACCCCUGGCUGGAGCUGUCAGAUGUCCACAGGGAGACCACGGAGAACAUCCGGGUCACCGUCAUCCCCUUCUACAUGGGCAUGAGGGAGGCCCAGAACUCCCAUGUAUACUGGUGGCGGUACUGUAUCCGUCUUGAGAACAUGGGCGCCGAGGUGGUUCAGCUGAGAGAGAGGCACUGGAGGAUCUUCAGCCUCUCAGGAACCCUGGAGACCGUCAGAGGACGAGGAGUCGUAGGGAGGGAGCCGGUGUUGUCAAAAGAACAGCCGGCCUUUCAGUACAGCAGCCAUGUGUCUCUACAAGCCCCCAGCGGACAUAUGUGGGGGACGUUUCGUAUUGAAAGAACCGACGGCUCUCACUUCGAUGUACGCAUUCCCCCCUUCUCCCUGGAGAGCAACAAAGACGACAAAGCGCCCCCUGCUGGCUACACGUUCUAACUGCCCGUAGUCUCCCCCCCCCCCGCCUGAGAGGCCCUGACACUCCGUCAGUCCUGGUCCUCUCUGGGUUGUCUGGAUUUGUCCUUCCCUCUGUAACACUGCCUGACUAGCGUGAGUCAGUUAUGCAAAGGAGAAUUAUAAUUUUCUUCAUCAUCCAAACAAAGGCACGUCUUUCCCUUUACUGUGAGAGUGCAUCAAACAGCAAUAUGUCAUUAGGUUAAUCAUAUAGAGUGGUGUAGUGAUGGCAUGUUUGUGUAGGUCAACCUGAAAGUUAGCAUCACAAGGGCUGCCUCGACAGAAAGCAAUGGGAUUUUCAAUAUGUAUGGAGGAAAAUAAGCUUUGUGGCCAACACACGUUAAUGAUACUGAACAGCUAGAAGAUACGGACAUUCACGAGUUGGGUGUUUAAUGACAUAUUUUAUGUUGUAGGACAAAACACGGACCUUAUUUCAGGCUUCUAACCAAAAACAUGUUUAAAACCCAAUGACUUUGAGACAAGGGAACCUGAAAUGGUCUAAAAUAAUUUCCUGAUUUUAGAACUCAUGACUGCGCCACUUUGUAUGAUAUAGAAGAGAGAUCUUCACUGUGUGUUUAAAGAGACAUGCAGUCAAGUGGAACAGUGCUGGGAGGUUGAUUUGUUGUUGCCAAGCUGAGCUGGACACUUUGAGUAUCUGACAGCUGAACAUCUUCGCAGGUUGGUUUUAUUUCCUGCUGAGCUCUGAAAAGAGAAACAGCUCCCACUGAGCUUCACACCGAGGCCUCAGUAGGACACUUUUAAGUGAACAUUAAGCCAUCACUUUAGCUACGUGUUACAAACUAUUCUUUGAUACUUUCUGUUUGAAUUUAGGAUUCACGCAUUACUUUUAUUUUGGACCCGAUUUUACGAUCAUGUUUUUAAUCAAGCCUGGUCACAGUUCAGUGGUGUCAGAGCUGUGUGGGCCGCUGAUGGAAGGGAAAUCGGAUGAAAUUCUGGUCUGCUUUUAGUGCUGAAGUUAGUGUCUGACAACAUUAUAGCGCAGCGGAUGGAAUUAGGGUUUGACACUCGUCAACAGAAAAUACGAUUUUUCGCUUUCUCAUUUGCGCUGUCUCAGAAAUGCUCUUGUAUCUUUUCUGAGUCGUACAUUUCGAUGAACACUAUCAAAACAUCUGUCAAUAUUACAGAUAAUCUUUAUUUUUAGUCUGCAUCAUUUAGAUGCAUUCUGAGGAGAUUUUCUUGAUCUGUGAUUCUCUUGAUCGGUGCUUCAAAAACUGGGAUUUCCAUCCGCAUGUGAUCCAAUGGUGUCAAAGAUCAAACUGAGUGAACUGUAUGUGUUGGCAGCCAAAAAAGAAUCCCUUCUUUGCCGGAGCGUUGAGCUGAGUUCUUGUGUUAGAAUAACAAAUGCAGCACACCUUUAUUAAAAAAAAGAAUGAAGUUUUAACUCGUGAACACCUCUGGUUAAAGCCUAUUGUUUGUAUUUGGAUCUGUGACACGGACAGUUCUCAGCCUGGAUUUUCUCCCUGGUAAAGUGAGCAAAUAAAGCUAACAAAGUGAUUUGAGGUAACUGAUUGUUGAAAUUCUACUGUAAAUAAAGAUGUAAGUAAAGGCAUAACAAAUAAAUGAUACCUUUUGAAAAGCC